UGCACUUUACUAAAAAUAGCAAUUAGUUUCAAAGAUAGCGACUACACUAAUUUGUUUAAUACAGAGUCAUCUGGCCUCUUUCAUCUAUUAUUCACCAUGACACUCAUUGUGAAGUAGAUUUGUACUUUGACUCUUACUCAAGUUAAACUGUUAAGUUUCUAUUGUGAAAAGGUCUUUUUUUUAUCAAUUCGUUUAUUAUAAAAGUUAAAUUGUAUCUUUAAAUAAUGCAAUGUUUAUCAAAAUAACUAGUGGUCAAUCUGGAGCUAAAAACCCUUGGUCCGCUGUUAGAUCAGUCUGACCAUUGAGACUCACGCUUUCAUAAAAACAUUAAAAUUUUACUCCCGAUCGCAUGCUCCCUAGAAUAUUUGGCUAAUAAUGAAAAACUUAUUUUGGAAAUCAAAUACAAAAAAAAAAAAAAAAAAGUGCUAUUUUAAGAACUAUAAAGUGACUUGAAUCGUUUGGAUAGAGUUAAGUGUUAUACAACACUAAACUGAACAAUCACAUUAUUCUGCCUUCCUUCUAUUUUAAAUCACUUCCUGACAUUCAACCGUUUUAUUCUGUCGGGUUAUGCUGGUUCUUAAUCAGACAGGUAAUGUGCCAAGUCGUAACAAGGACGGAUGCACAUUUCACGCAAUCGCAUGACAUACCCAGUCAUCAUGUGUAAGAACCAGAAGGAUCGAAUUGUGAUUGAAAACUGCGAUAUCCCAAUGUGAAGGACCCCUUAGUUAGCUUGUGGUGAUAACAAAUAAAGAAGAUAAUCCUAUUAAAUAAAGCUGAUCAAACAUUAUAAUUAAUGAAAACAGUAUUGUGUAAUUCAUGAACGAAAUUGUAGUUAAAAUUUUAAAAAAUACAAAAGAUAGCUGUUUUACUUUCCUAUAAUAUAUGCACGGACUGCAGCCAAUCACAGCGGAGAGAUCACACUUGCGACUCUCAUAGGCUCUCUUUUUUUUUUUUUUUCAACAAGUGUCGUAAACACCAUUUCCAAGUCCGAACACCGGCAGAUGUUUAGUGAGUGGCGACAGAUGUUUCGCGAUCUCUUGUGUUUCGCACUCUCUCUUUGCAGUCUCGGCGUUCUCCACGUUCCAUGACGUUGUUUCUGGUCGAACUCUCGCGAGCAGUGUUCUUUUUGCAGAUGGCGGCGCAGUGAGUGCUCACGCGUGGUUGAGUUACUGCCGGGUACUCGGUUGAUUGAUACACGGGUGACGUGGAGCCGCCAGGAUGCAGCACGACGAUGUGAGCAGAGAUAUUGGCUGUGUUUAAUGUGAUCUGAUGGGGGACCAGGUUGUGGAGGUUAAAUGUAAUAAGGUGUCAGAGUAAUGUGGACCUGGGGCAUCUCUGUAAUGUACAGCAUGGGGGGGUAAAAAGAGGAGGAGGAGUAUAGAUCGGGGGAAAUAGGUUUUAAAUAAAUAUAACAGACCCUUGGUUGGCUCUCCGUGUAACUAUUAAUGGUUGGAGCAGAACCUCUCAUUUAUCAAAUAUACUCAAUAAAUUACUGUUUGUGUCAGCACUUCCUUCCCCAGUGCAAUGUAGAACUCUCUGAAACAAAUAAUAUUCCUUUCAAAAUAUUUUCAUGAACACGUUUUUCCAUUUUAUAUAUAUAUAUUAAAAACUAUUAUAACAAAUUAGCUUUUCAAUAUUAAUCUGUUAACAUAUUAUAUAGCAGUUGAAGAGUGGGCCAUCAAGAUUAUGUCUUGUUCAUCAUAUCAAAUCUUGUUAAAAAAAGAAAAAUAAAGUUUAAUGUACUAGUUGUGACUUACAUCUUGAACAGUGAUAUAGAACCGUUUCCUGUGGUGUGUCUCAUGUUUAAGAGGCUGAUUUACAUUAGGUACUUAGGCAGCAAAAUGUCUCAGGCUCCAUCCAGUGGUCAUCUAUCAGACUAUUUGAGAACGGUUUGAUACUCACUUUGCUUUUUGUGUUACUGAUCCUUCCACAAUGUCAUGCCAAAUCAUAACAGGUUUAGACAGUAUUCAUUUUAUUGAGAGCCAUGCGCUGACACUCUCAGCCAAGGAAUUUUGUAUAAACUUGGUGUGAUAAGCAGAUGUAUGAAAUUCUGCCUUACCAGAUAAACUGAGUGCAGUGGUAGACAACUUACGGCACUCCAGAUGUUGCUCUUGUAGCCAAAAUGCUGGCAAAGCAUUAAGGAAGAUGUAGUCCAAAACAUCUGAAGCGCCGAAGGUUGCCUAGCCCUGUCAUAGUGGAAGGAUUGCAGUCACUCAACACAGCAAGGUUAGCGUCAAACCGUUUGUGAACAGUUUGACAUGUCACCGUCAGUCAGUGCUCAGGAACUCCCGGCAACGUGACCACUGCAACAUGCAAUGGGUCUAGAGUUUAUUCAACAAAAUAUAAUCUCUUAGUGACAAUGGUUUUAAUAGUGUCCUGGGUCUCAAGAGACAGAGGGAGAAUACUAAUAUUGUAUGUGGGUCAUUAUAUAGAGAUUUGUUACAACAUGUGAAUUAUUAAAAGUUUUUCUUUUUUUCCCUUUCAGGUUAUCUGGGAUAUUGUAGGAAACAAACAGUUUUGCUCCUUCAAAAUAAAGUGAGUAUUGGCACAUGUAUGCCUGGGAAAAAAAUGUAUUGGCAGAUUUAUGUAUCAAGAAAAAGCUGUCAUAAAAUGUCACAAAGUUUAGUAGGAAUAUUCCACUUGUUUCCAUGAUAAUUGCGUUUUGUUCUACCACUCACUUGUUAAUUUUGUAAAUAGUUACCAAUAAUUGCAUUAAUUGGUGCUUUAGAUUUCAAAGUGACCAUAUUAUGGACAAUGGGGAAUAUACUAGUUCAAGUAUCCUUUCACACUUGUAUCUGCACAGUAAUAAAUCUGUAUUUGGCAUUUAAAAGUGUUUACUAGAAUAGUGUGUAUAACAACAAAACAAAUAGUGUUCAUUGCAUCAUCCAAGUAGAAUGAAAGUUUAUUUUAUAGUCCACUACCAGGUCUUCACUUGCCAUCACCAACAUUGUUAUAUGGUUAUGAAUACAAACAAGAAUUCCUAACAUAAUAAUGUUCUCCUCAAUAGUUAGUUUCAGGGACCUCUCCCCACUACCCCAUUAAUUCUAUUUAAAAAAUUGAAGAAAAAGAUUUUGCUCUCCUUUUUAUCGAGCACUGUGACUCAAUCACUGUUGCUUCCCUGCUCCUUCCCCCACGACAUCAUCCUGGAGGCAUCGCUGUCUGGCUUUUCAUCCAAUGCUUCUCAUGUAGAAACCUUGGGGAAAAGAUGGACAUGUACAGCAAGCACAGCAUUCAUCUAGUCAAAGGCUUCUCCUAGAGAAGCUCUGAAUCCAGUGCUUCUAUAUGAACUGCUUCUGAUUACAAUUGUCAAACUCUGUUAAAAGUGUGGAAGCGCCAUUAGUGGAUGUGAGGAAGGUUGCCACAAAAGGUGUGUUUAACCCUUAAAUCAAAACAUUGCCUGUAUCUAUCUACUAAACAGAUUGAAGGGCUAAAAUGCAAAGGGCACUCCACCCAGACCGGCUAUUUGAGAUGAAGUGAUCUAGGUGCCUUUAAUGUCCUUUUAGAGCAGCUCUGUCACUUUCUGAGUUCUUUGCCACUUGCAGUGAGGUGGCUGGAGGGUGUAAGGUGAGGUCUACUUAACUGGACCUAUUACUCAUGGCCAUCGACUUCCUGCUGGUCCUCUUAAGCUUCUGGUGCUUCAUCUGCCUGGAGCUGACGUCAGUGCUGUACUUUCGCACAUAAUAAUAAUAAUAAAUGAAAAAAAUGAUUUUUUUUCUGUAAACAUUAAAUACAUUGUACUAUACAUCAGUACAAGUGUUUGUCAUGUUUGUGUUAUUCCAAUUAUGUAUGAGUGCUUGUCCAUAAUAUGGAAGGGAUUUUCCUAAUAUUGGUCCUAAAAAGAUUAAACCUAUAAAUUUUUCCAUUUCUUGUGCAUGAGAAGAGUCCUAUUGUGGUUUGUUUCAUUUUCAGAACAAAGACGCAAAGCUUCUGUCGUAAUGAAUACAAUAUUACUGGGCUGUGUAAUCGUUCUUCAUGUCCACUUGCAAACAGCCAGUAUGCUACCAUUAAAGAGGAAAAAGGUAAGAUAAGCUAUAUUUACAUUGCAUGAUAUCUUAGAAGGUCUCUCUGUCAAAUGAGGACUAAAUUGUUACUGUCAGUGCAGGGCUUGGCUCACUCUCUGAGAACACUCAUCUGACGCUCUUAGUGAUUGGGAGAGGACUUAGAUCAGUAGAAAUAGCAGGAGCUUCUAGUUCUAGAGCUGGCUGUGAGUGGCCGACCAGGAGUUCCCAGGUAAGUUGUUAAGCUAUUUGCAUAUGGUUUGACUACUUGCCCUGGGAGAGUGCACUCCUGGCAGCGUAACUGCAACAGUGUGUUCUAGUGGUUAUGGUGCUUGGAGUGUUCCUUUAAAGUUGUUAAAACUAAGUAAGGUACCAGAAUCCAUAUCCUAGCUGGAAUUCCAUUAGGUUUGUGCUCUGUGUGUAUGUAAAGUUAUUUCACAGUCCAGCUUUGCUUUUUUUUGAGUGACAUAAAGCAUCCUAAUAUUAAUCCAUAGUUUCCAUGCACAUAGAAACAAGACUUGUCUGUAUAAACCCAUAAAUACAUCAUUAGCAGCAACAUACAUAGAUUGCUUAUGGGUGAAAAUUGAUGUGUGAUGUGUGUGUAAAUAAUGGAUUUUGGCUUGCAUUGUGGUAUUGUAUAUAUGUGGUAUCAUUUUAAAUUGUUUGAGAAGCUACUUGUCUUUUCCUUCAGGCUAGAGGCAGUUCACAACAGAGAUAUCUACCAUGUCUUGCCAAGAAAGGCAGGCAAGCAGGCACCUAGAAAUGUAAACGUUAAGCCCCGCCUAAUACUCCUCCUACUUAAGGUAUAAAAUCCCAAAAUGGCACAGUAACCCUAGAAAAUACACAAGCCAUAUAACUGGAAAAAUAUAUUUAUUAAAUAGGGAGUGAAAUGCGUGCACCACCUCUAACACUAAAAAUAAAAGAAAUUUAAGAUAAGUAAAAUUUGAUCUUUCUUAUGUAAUUUAGUUUUCUGUUUUCUUACAUAGGCAUCUGCUACUUGUAUAUGAAGACCAUAGAAAGAGCCGCUUUUCCAGCUCGAUUGUGGGAAAGGGUAAGGGCAUGAACAGCAGAUAAAAAAAAAAUAUAUAUAAUUAUUUUUUAUUAUUAUUAUUUUUUUUUAAACAAACAUGAAUCAGAUGGGCUUUCUGCUCAUAAUGCAAAUUGCAUUGUUCUUUUCCUUACAGGUUCGUCUAAGCAAGAAUUAUGAGCGGGCAUUGGAGCAGAUCGAUGAGAAUCUAAUAUACUGGCCCCGGUUCAUCAGACAUAAAUGUAAACAGAGAUUUACCAAGAUUACACAGUACCUCAUUCGUAUCCGUAAACUCACUUUAAAGAGGCAGUAAGUAAUUACCUGACCCUUUUUUUUUUUUUUUUUUUAAAGUUAAUUUUUUUUAUGGGUAGUGGAUACAAGGCACAUUUGGGCUCCUUUUACUUUGGCUUUUAAAGAAAAAGUCAGCAAAAAAAAGUGUGUUAUCAGUCCACAUUGCCAUGCUAAGUUAUAGCUCUCUAGUUUCCUGUAACCAAUCUUACCUAUUUUGUUCUUUGUACACAGACGUAAAUUGGUGCCCUUGAGUAGGAAGGUGGAAAGAAGAGAAAAGAGGAGAGAGGUAAUGUUAAGAUCCUAAGUUGAAGCUAUAUAAAUUGUAGUAGUGGCUGUGAACUCUGGAUUCCUAGGUUAACACGUCUGAAAAGUUGGAGGUGUUAAUCUUUUACCGACUCUUUGUGAUGUAGUCUGUGUGUUUACAAGUUUGUGAUUUUACACUUCAUUAAAUAUGGUUUAUCUUAUCCCAUUAACUCAGGAAAAAGCUCUGGUGGCUGCUCAGUUGGACAAUGCAAUAGAGAAAGAAUUAUUGGAACGUCUCAAACAGGGAGCGGUAAGAAAAAUAGCUUUACGUGACUUUAUCUAUUCUGGGGGUAAACUAGGUCUUACUCUUGCACACUGUCCUAUCCAGACACUCUUCUGUCUUGUUUUGGGUUUAUAGUCAUCUACAUAAUUGGGUAAUGGAGAUACUCCUGAGGUAGGACCUAAAAAUGGAAGAAGUUUGGGACACCUGAAGUCCUCUUAUGAGUGAUGCUUGGCAUCAUUAGUUUAUUUGGUAGCUUCAACAUAGUCAAGAAGCAACAAUUGUAUUAAAGGAAAUAGCUCGGGUUAUUUAUUUUUUUUGUUUUGUUUUUUUGUAAUGUAUUUCUCUGACAUACUUUCUUUCACAGUAUGGAGAUAUUUAUAACUUCCCCAUCCAAGCAUUUGAUAAAGCAUUGGAACAGCAGGAAGAGGCUAGUGCCUCAGAGUCUGAAGAAGAAGGGGAGGAGGAGGAAGAGGAGGAUGAUGAUGUAAGUACUGACACCCUGGAAAGUUUAAGCGUGAAUAUAUCAUUUCAUCAUCCUAUUUGA